ACUUGUUAGAAGGUGUGUGUGCCAUGAACUUGUCGUAAACGUUUUUUUUUUUUGUUGUAAAACCGAAAAUAUUCACGCUUGGCGUGUAAUAUCACAUUGAAUUAUACAUGGAUUAAUUAUAAUAAGUUUUAAUUUAUUUUCAUUGAAAAAUAGAAUAAGGAUGCUACAUAGAGUAAUGACACUUGACACUUUUACAACACUAUGUUGUAUAAUGAUACCUGUAGUAAUAGUACAAAGUAAUAGUCUUGUACCAGCAUGGAUGAACCGCUUUACUGACGAUGAAAUGACCGGAGUACCAAAACAUAUAUUGGAAUUACAAGACAAACACUUUUAUCCCGUCAGAAGAACUUUACAAGUUUUAUUAAAGUCUUCUAAUCGCAGAAGUUUUGCUGAAAUUAAUCAAAAAACUCAAACUCGUGUAUUCCAUUCUACAAACUUUCCUUGUACUACGAAUAGUACUCGAUCUCUCAUAAGACCUUCUAGCGUUCAUCAACUGAGACCUGGAGACAUAGAUAUAAUAGGGAGCAUUGGAGAUUCGUUAUCCGUUGGACUAGGAAGCUUUUCGAACAGUAUAUAUGAAGUACUAAUCGAAAGUCGUGGGGUAUCAUGGACUGGAGGGGGCGAAGGAACAUGGAAACAGUAUUUGACAUUACCAAAUAUUAUAAAAAUGUUUAAUCCGAAGUUAUUCGGUUAUGCAUAUGGCGAUGCUUUAGCUGAAGAACGUGGUUCUCAAUUUAAUGUUGCUGAAACUGGAGCUCUAAGUGUUGAUAUAUUUUUUAUGACCAAAGAGUUAGUAAAAAGAAUUAAAAACGAUAAGCGUGUAAAUUUAAAUGACGACUGGAAGCUAAUAACUAUAAUGUUGGGCCCUAAUACAUUUUGUUUACAACUGUGUUACGAAGACAAUAUAAAAUUAUUGAAAACUUACAAAGAAAAAUUAUAUAAUUCAUUCUUAUAUAUUAAAAAUAAUCUACCGAGGACAAUGAUAAAUUUUGUGAUGAGUAUAAAUUUGAAUGUUAUAAUAAAUUUCACUGGAAAGCCACUAUCUUGUCAAAUAAUAAAUAGAGGAGAAUGCCCAUGUCUACUUACUCUACAAUAUAAGAAUAAACAACAGGAUUACAUUAAUGUAAUGGAACAAUUUAAAAUGAUCGAAAAAGAAGUUACUGAAAUGGAGGUCUUUAGGAGUACAGAAGACUUUGUAAUUAAUCUUCAAACUUUUACAAAAAACAUUAUGUUCCCUUUAAACAAAUUUAAUAAAACCGAUUUAACUUAUUUAUCUGCGGACUGUUUUCAUUUAAGCCAGAAAGGAUAUGCAAGAGCUGCCAAUGCAUUGUGGAAUAAUAUGAUGCAACCAGUAGGCAAAAAAUCAGUUAACUGGUCUAAAGAAUUAGAUGGAUUUAUUUGUCCAACAGACGAAUGGCCAUACAUUCGUACCUGGAAAAAUAGCAAUUAGAAAUAAAUUCCUAACAAAAUAUAUUUUUAGAAAUUUAAAAAUCUAAACCACCACUUAUCUUAAUUUUUAAAAAAUUAAUAAAAAAUAAAACUAAGACAUUUUGUGAAUUAUGUAAAUAAAGAAAUUUUAUACACUAAUUAUGUAAAUAAAUAAAUACAAUAAAGUUACUCAAGUACA